UUUGAGGGUUGGAACGAACCGAGCGGAGGUGUUUUAGUGACGGACAUCAGGCGGCGCUGGCCUAUGAUGGAAGGGCUGGUGGAGGGGAUGCGGGAGCGGGUGCUGCAGGACACGGUGCGUUACCGGCUCUACCUCAGCGACCACCUUUCGCUCUCCGACCCCCGCACCUGCAGGGACAGAUGGGAGCGGCAGCGGGAGGCGAUCAUGGGCCGCUUGGCCCUGCUGUCCGCCGGGUACAUCUGGCACAACGAGGCCUUCAGCCUGAACUACACGGCGGCCCGGGGAGACAUUCCUUCCCAUAUCGGUGGUAUGACAAACUUUGGUGAUAAUGUGGAUGAUGAGUGGCUGAUUGUGUACCUUAUUCAACAGAUCACCAAAGAGUUCCCAGACUUGGUGGCAAGCAUAGAGGAUGAAGAUGGGGACUUCCUGCUGAUAGAGGCUGCCAAGGAUCUGCCCAAAUGGUUAAACCCUGACACCAGUGUAAACCGUGUAUUUUUCUAUCAUGGGGAGUUGCACAUCAUACCACUCCCUCAGAACACAGGGGAACUAUCGUGGUUACCGGCUGGCCAUCCGACCAUCCCUGAAGUCCUCGGCCUGCUUCCCACCCAUUCAGAAAAGUGCCUGGCAACAGAGCCCAUUCGCAAAGUUAUAAACAGACGUAUUCAAAGUUAUCCAGAAAAGAUUUGCAAUGAUCAGCACAGAGCUUACUGCUACGUUCCAGCAGGUAUAGCUGCAGUGUUAAAGCAUCGCCCAGACCUGUUGGCGCCUGCCAUCCAGGCCUUCUAUCUACGCGAUCCAAUCGACCUAAGAGCUUGCCGUUUCUUUAAGUUCUUUCUUCCUGAGACAUGUGUGAUGGCUCUGGUGACAUUUUCGAAAUGUCUGUAUGCCCAGUUACAACAGCAGCCGUUCUUGCCAGAUAGACGGAGCGGUUACAAGCUGCCUGCACAAUCUGACCAGAACUUCAAAGCACACGCACUGGGCAUGAAACUGGCCCACGGUUUUGAGAUCCUAUGUGCCAAAUGUUCCCGGACUGCCUCUAAUAUUAAAGCUGGAAAUGCUGUCGCCAGUGACCCCCAGUGGGAAGGGUUUCUGAACAGCCUAAAGAAAAAUGCCUAUUUCAGGGGGGAGCUGGAAGGUUCAGCACGAUACAGAGAAUUGCUCCAAAUGGCAGAGAUUUACUUCCAACAGUCGGUGGCCAGACCUAAAAGUUCAUCGACAUUGAGCCGAGGAGAGCAGGUUAUGCAGCUUCUGCAAGCUCAGUCCUGCAGUGUGGAAGAACUACAGAAAGAAGGGGAGAACCUCCCUCCAGAGGAUGAUGACAGUUGGUUGAAUAUUUCACUGGAAGAGCUGGAUCAGAUGCUGGAGGAGGCCUCUGGAACAAAACUGCUAAAUGCUGCCAGGCAGGAAGAAGAGGAUGAGGAGGAGGAGGAGGAGGAUGGUUAUGAUCUGCAGGACAUCACCAAGUGUAUGAAGGCAUUUGUAUCAAAGGUUUCAUCGUAUGAAGGAGCAGAGGUGCCACGGUCUUCAGCUAGCAGUGAAGUUCAAUUUGAUGUGAACUCCUUCACCAAUGCUCUGGAAAAGAUUCUAGGGGUGGAAUCAGAAGAACUUGAUUCUGAUGAUCUUGAAGAUGAGGACAGUGAUUUGUUGGACAGUGAUGAAGACUCUGACAGAAAAGAGGGAAAUCCAGAGGAAUGUGCAUCAGCGACAAACACAUUGGGGAAUAUCCGAGACUACAUGGACCAGAUGGAUCGGGAGCUGGCAGGCACCCACAUUGGCAAAAGUUUUACCAAAGUCUCUGGCGAGGUCGACCUGAUCAACCAUGAAUUAUCCAAGACAGAGGCCGGAGCUGAGUCCAAAGAGAAUUUGAAGAUAUUGCCCGUGGAUGUGGAUUUGAAUCUAGUGGAGAACCUACUGGAGUCUUACAGCUCUCAAGCUGGGCUUCCUGGACCUACAUCUAAUAUCUUACAGAGCAUGGGGCUACGACUGCCAGAUAACAAGGACAACGCCACAUAAAAGAACAGAGUCACAUAAUGGCUCUGUCAGGUGCACACCUCCCGCAACAGAUUUUUAUCAUCUAUUCUGUUACUUUUGCGUCACCUUCCAAACUCUACGUGUGUUCCACGCUACAGUUAAACCAGGGCUGCUAGUCCAUCAUUAGAGACAAGGAUCCAUUAAAUCUGACUGGUGCAGCUGUCUGCUUUAAUUUGCCAUGAAUUGAAAACAAAGUACAGCAAUCAGAGAGUGUUCACUUUUUUGUAUUUUAAUACUUUCCUCAAAAUAUUACAGAAAAUAUUUUUGUAACUGUAAAUAAAUGAAAACUUAAGCAACAAUUUCCAAAUAA